UGAUAAACAGGCUGUUAUUGUUUUAUAAACAAUGCAUGAUAGUAAAAUAAUCUUCUUGUAUGAUGCUGAAGGAUAGGCUAUGGAACCCGUUGCCAUGACACCGCCAGAAACGGAGCAUAUGAAUGACGCAAAUAGUGACGUCAACGAGGACGAACAUGACGCCAACGAGGAUGAUGAGGUCACAAAUCCGUACCAGAAUGUUACCAUGGACAUGAACUCAACAAAGGACACCGACCAAAUGGAGAGACAGGAAAUAAAACUGGACAUGGAUGUUCGUAACGGCCGAUUAACACGUGAUCCCCUCAGUCGCCUCGAUCCCAUGUUCCAGUGUCUCCACCGCUUCUCCCCGCUCCAGUGUCUCAUCUACUUGCGGUUGACAUUAGAACACGCGCUGUUACGUUUUAAGGCAAAACUAUGGUGGACAUUUUUGGCGGUGGUGUUGACGCUUUUUAUAGUGUACAUUGGGGUUGCCUUCAGCCAUCGCUUUGGAGACGAGGGGUCGCUACGUCUGCUGGUAGUGACGUUAUUAAUUCUACUUGGCGUCAUUUACCAUUACGUCAAGAAGUUGUACGGCGUCUUUAUUUACACGAAGUAUGUCAGUCCGGUGGCCAGGAUGUUACAGCCGUACAAACGGACCAUAUUAUUCAUUACGACAGUAUUGGUGGGGUUACUCGUUCUGGUGUUUGUAUUAGUGGACGUUUGCCGCCGACGACCAGCGUCUCUCAUAUCCCUCGUCGGCAUGGCCGUCUUCACUUUGGCCAUGUUUUUCUUCUCUACGGAUCCCCGACAGGUUACCUGGCGUCCAGUAUUAUGGGGCCUUCUACUUCAACUAAUAUUCGCCCUGGUGGUGCUAAGAACGUCAUGGGGGUACGCCGCCUUCCUGUGGCUAGGCGACCGCGUUACGGACUAUCUCGGCUAUACGUUUGCAGGAUCGACGUUCGUAUUUGGACAAGCCACCAAGGACAUUUUUGCCUUUUCAGUGAUGCCAGUCCUUAUAUUCUUCAGCGCUUCUAUUGCAAUUCUGUACUACCUGGGCGUGAUCCAGGUGCUCAUUGAGAAAAUCGCCUUCGUGAUGCAGAUCAGUCUGGGAACAAGCGCUAUGGAGUCGCUCCACGCAGCCAUCAAUAUAUUCGUCGGAUGGGCGGAAGCGAUCACCGUGGUCCGCCCCUACAUGCUAGAAAUGUCGCUAUCUGAGCUUCACACCAUCAUGACUAACGGGUUUGCUACGGUCGCCGGCAGUACGCUUGCCAUUUACAUCUUAUAUGGGGCACCUGCCAAUCAUCUGCUGUCGGCGUCGGUAAUGUCGGCACCUGCCGCCCUGGCCAUGUCGAAACUGUUCUACCCGGAAACAAGGGAGAACCGACGGAAAAAGGCCAUUCCGCCGCGCAUACCCAAACUGGGUACGGGGAUUAUCGACGCCGCUUCUAUCGGAGCGGUAGGAAGUAUCUCAAUAGUGGCCCAUAUCCUUGUCAGCGUGAUCGCUUUCUUUGCGCUCCUCGCCUUCGUUAAUGCCACGCUUGAAUGGUUUGGCGACAGGGUUGGCCUCUCCCCGCCGGACUAUCCCGCGCUCUCGUUUGAACUGAUCUGUUCCUACGUUUUCUGGCCAAUCGUAUUUCUUAUGGGCGUGGCGCCCGAAGAUUGCCGAGUGGUCGCUCGGAUGGUCGGAAUCAAGACGUUUGUUAACGAGUUCCUCGCUUAUGAGGACCUCGGCAAAGUCCGUAAUAACCGAGUACAGUUUAUGAAGGAGUUGGCAAGCAAUCCUAACACAACUUGGACAUGGGAUUCGAGCAGUAAUUUAGUUCUACAAGGAACAAAUAUGACGUUUGUUGGCGGCGUAAUUUCGCCUCAUUCUGAAAUGGUAGCUACCUACGCUUUAUGUGGAUUUUCAAACGUGGUGGCCCUCGGGAUCAUGAUAGGCGCAUUGGCGGCUGUGGCACCAGACCGGAAGUCGGACAUCCUUGGGGUUUCUAUCCGUGCUCUCAUUUCCGGUUCGGUUGCGUGCUUCAUGACCGCUUGCAUCGCGGGACUACUUGGCGAGCAGUAACACAUCCUCGUCUGAGCUUUACAAACAACGACCAACGACCAAAGUGUUUUGUAACAUUUAUAUGUAUGAUAUUUUCUGGACACAAACAAUAUUUCAAAAUUGAGUGACCAGCCUAUUUAUUCAUUGUAUCAUAAUAUUUGGUUUCUGCACUUAUUUUACCCAAUGUAUUUCACCCCACUGUGUUCAUUUUUUUGUGUUUUAUUGUCAUAUGAUCCUCAUAUGAUUUACAUGCAUUGAUUUCAUUUAAUAGAUAUAAUUUUGUACAUCUUUUAUUGAAUAGAAACUGUUUAUUAGCAUUUGAAUAAAU